AUGACAUCGAAUUCACCAUUCUCAAUUAUUUGGCUUGAUGCUCAUAUUGGUUUACCUACGGAAUGUCAAGGAUUAAAAACAUUAUUUCAAGCAGACCUUGCACCUGCAGCAGCUCAAUUUCCUGUUCCAGUUGAUCCUAUUGAUGCAAUGAUUUGUUCUAUACGUGAAUUUGGUGCAUCUAUUUCGUUUGCCUCAACAAUAGAAGAUGCAUUACAACUUAUUGAUGCAAAUUCAUAUUAUCAGAAAAAGAUAAUACUUAUUACUUCAGCUUCAUUUGGAAAACAGAUUAUUCCAGAAAUUCAAGAACGAGAUUUUUCUAUUCAUUCGUAUUAUAUAUUUUGUGGCAAUAUGACAUCAAAUGUUGAAUGGGCAUUAGAGUAUUUUGAGAAUGGCAUGAAAAUACAAAUGUUUGAUUUCGAAAUAGAUCUUUUGAUACGCUUAUCUAGAGAUUUAAGUGAUGCAUUAAUUGAACAAGGAAAAAUAUUACUGAAUAAUAAUCCGCAAGUAGCUCUUAAUUAUUUUGAAUGUGCUCAUACAUUAGCUGAGAAAGCUGUUGAACGUGAUACACCCAAUGAUCCUAAUGAUCCUCAUCGGCCAUGGACUACACAUCGACGAAUUUUAGAUGGUGAAAAUGGUCUUAUCGCACAAGCAAAACAAGCAUGCAAUAACAAUACAUCAUAA